AUGGCUUUUAGCUUUGGAAAUGCCGGAGGGGGCGGCGGCGGCGUGACGCAGGGCAAGGACCUUGAGGUCAUACAGACAGAGGGUCUUGGAUUUCUCGCUCUCGCUGGCGACGCGAAAGUCCAGCUGACCUCAAAGUGGUCUCCCCCGCCGGCACCGACCGCGUCCCUGCUCAGCAUCGCUUCUCGCAAGGGCCUAGUUGCUGCCGCUGGCCCCGAUGCUGUCCACGUCGCCACAACCGAGUCGGUGCGGAAGGCCUUCCUGGCCGAGAAGAACGGGGAUAGCGAAGUGCGGCCGUUCAACCCCGAGGCGAAGCUUCCGCUGCCGCUUCGCAUCUCGCAGCUGGCCUUCACAGCUGACGAACAAUAUCUCGUCCUUUCUGCCGAGACGGGCGGUGGUCUUAGAGCAUACGAUGUCAACUCGCUCACUCAGGGAAACACCCAGUCUGCUUUUGAGCUCGCCACCAACGGCGAAACCCUGCGCCAGCUGGCCCCCAACCCCAUGCCUGAGUCGGCCGCUUUCUGUGCCAUUGUCACGACCAAUGGCAAUCUCUACAUGGCGAAUCUAGCCGAGAGGACGCUCGUCUCGGGGCCGAAUGGGCCGACCCUGCGUUCCCAGGUCAGCUGCGCCGCCUGGAGCACCAAGGGCAAGCAGCUCGUUGCUGGCAUGGCGGACGGUUCUAUUUACCAGAUGACGCCUGAUGGUACGGAGAAGGCCCACAUUCCCAAGCCGCCUAAUCUCGGCGACUACCAUGUCUCCUCAGUGGUGUGGCUAGAGAACAACGUGUUUCUCACUAUCCACAACCCAACCAAUUCGACCAACCCCGACGACAAGACCGUCUACCACGUCAUUACCAGGCAACAGUCGUCAGGCAGCCCCCCCAACUUUACCUUCCAGAAGCUGAACGAUCCCGUCGAGCCAUUCGUUGCCGACAAGACUCCCCAUCACACCGUUCUGCGACUGAAGGACUUCCCGCCUAACCUCCAGGACCUGCUCUUGGUUUCGUCGACUGCCGUCGAGACUAUCGGCUUGCUCACCCGGUCCAAGACACCCUUGGCGACUGACAAGCCGGCAGACGCCAUCACCAAUGUCUUCACAACUACCGAAUUGGCUGACGACUCUCGGCGCGCGCAGCUGCCGAUGAGUGAGGAUAUGAUGGAGACUUACCCUAUUGGCGUCGCGCUUGAUCUGUCCAGCAAGGAGAAGGUCUACAAGCCGAUUCCGACAGAUGAAGAAAUUGAGUAUUCCCCUGGCCCUCUUCCUGGCUUAUGGGUGCUCAACAACGAGGGCGUCUUGGCAUCGUGGUGGGUUGUAUACAACGAGUCGAUUCGCGCGGGGACAACGUAUUCAGGAAUUGGCGGCAGCAGCGAAGUCAUUCCUGCGUCUCCAGCCCCAGCGCUCGCAUCCUCGACAGCCCCUGUGCCGGCGUUCGCGUCGCCCGUUAGCAAGCCUACAUUCGGGUCCCCGAGUCCGGCUACACCGGCCUUUGGAGGUCCGUCGGCCUUGGGAACCAAGGCUUCACCGUGGGCCACCGCUGGAGGCGCCGCGUCGUCCACGCCGACAUUCGGCCAGCCUAGUUUUGGCAAGCCGGCAGCGCCCGCAUUUGGCCAAGCUUCGUUCCCCGGCUUGGGGCAGAAGGUUUCUCCGUGGGCCACAGGUUCGACGACCAGCGCGGCACCGGCGUUCGGACAGUCCGGCUUCGCAAGUGCUGGCACGGCCCCUGGAAAGGUGUUUGGCAGCAGUUUCACCGCCCCGUCUUCGGGAGGGUUCGCCAGCUUUGCUACCAAGAGCGGUUUUGCUUCACUUAGCGCUCCCUCAGGCGGUUCUAGCAUCUUCAGUUCUAAGCCUGGUGCACCACUGACUUCUGCUGCUCCCGAAGUGUCGAUGGACACCGACACAGCCUUCCCCCCUCCGAGCACGAAGACCGACAAGCCCGCUUUUGGGUCGUCGCCAUUUGUCCUGGGAAGCACGUUCAAAGCGGAUCCCACGGCCGCUCAUGAUAUUGAGAAACCGAAAGAAGGCGAGAGCAAGUCCCUCUUCGACACUGGGUUUGGCCUCUCGCUUGAGGAUGCGGCCAAGCAGCCUGCUAGCGCCGCCGAAUCGAAAGAUGAGGAGAUGCGGUCUACUACACCUCCUCUUCCUCCGCCGACUGAGACGAAGCCCAAGUCGAUCUUUGAGUCGACGACCCCUACGACUACUCCGGCACCUCAAAAGUUCGAAUUCAAGACGACGACGCCAUCUGGAUUCUCAACUCUGCUCGGCAGCACCAAGCCGGUAGCCUCGAGCAUGCCCAACAUUUUUGCUACGCCUAAGCCGACUUCUGCGGAGAAACCGAAGUCUAUCUUCGAUACACUCAAACCCAAGGAGGAGAGUAAGGAGAAUCUUCUCAAGGCUUCCGAGCCACCACUUCCUCCAGACACCACUAGUAAGGCGGUCUUUCAACCGGGUUCUUCAUCUUCUGAGUCAGCAGAAAGCUCACCUGGAGCAGCAGCGAAGGCGGCGUUCAAGGUGGGCAAUGAUGAGACCCCGAAGCCCCAGAAAGAGCUAGCUCCGAAACCUGAAGCGGUGCCGUUGCCACCGGACUUUGUUAAGGCCAAGCCGAAGACUGAAGCCAAGGAAACCAAGGCUGAAGAGCCUGCUGUUUCCCCUAAUCUCCCAGUCAAACCGCUAGCAAAGAAGGCGGAGCCCAUCCCUGCAGUUCCUGAAAGCGCCUCUGAAGAAGAACAGGGGCAGGCAGAAGAAGAGGAAGCUGAAUCAGGAGAAGAAGAAGAAGAAGAAGAAGAAGAAGGAGAGGGUGAGGAGGAAGAGGAGGAAGAGGAGGAGGAGGAGGAGGAGGAGGAGGAAGGAGAAGAAGGUGAGGAGCAGUCAGAAGCUGGCAGCGAAGGCAGCGGUGUUGACGUUGCGAAAGACCUCAGCCCAACAGCCAAGUUUGGCAGCAUGACGCCUGGCUACACGCCACACACCUCGCUUGGCGGGAUGGCUGAAAGCACAUUCUCGACUAUCUCCCGCUCCGAAGUAGCAGAGCAGUCGCGGCCAUUGUUCGGAGAGAUCACUAAGAAUGCCCCUCCCCUGUUCCCUGCGGCUGGCCCGUUACCCGUGAGUCCUCGGUCGCCCAGCCCGGUCCGUGGCGUAGUUAGGAGCAGCAUAUUGAGACCGACCGAGACUCCUCGGCCCGUUGACACCACACCGGUACCGUCACGAAAGGGCCUGCUCCAGAAGACUGCUAGUUUUGGUAUGUCGACAGGUCAGAAGCCUGCAGUCGACCCUAAUGUCAAGGCCCAGCGCAAGCUGGCUGAAAAGCUCAAGGCAGAGGAGCAGGUGCUCGUGGACCCGGAGGACGAGGGUAUUCAGCAGAUCUUGCAGUCUAAGGUCGAGCCGACCCUACGAAUGAACGAGUUUCUUGCCGUCGACACAAAACUUGCGCCGAUGAAGCCUGGCCGUGACGAUGUGCCCAACGCCUGCGAGACACUCUGGCGCGACAUUAAUCGCAUGAUUGACCGUCUGGGCCUCAACUCGCGCUCGCUGCAGUCCUUCAUCCUGGGUCACACUUCACACGGUAAGCCGGGCGGCAGGCAAAAGGAUGACCUUGAGAAGCCGGAUGACUGGGUUCUGAUCGAAGCAUACGACCUUGGUGAUAUGAUUGACAACAAACUUGCGCGGGAGCUCGAAGCCGGUCGCAUCAAGGACGUUGAAGGCACUAUGGCCGCAAUCCACAACCUUGGGCGAGACCUCGCCAAGUUGCGCGCCAAGGAGGAGGAUUUGCGUAAACUCUUCAAUGCGCAGGUCGACCCGGAUCAGAUCGCUCUGACCAAGGCCUUGCCGCUGAGCGCGGAGCAGCUGGCGCAACAGAACGAGCUGCGCCGUUCGUACGCCUCCUUCUCCAAGCUGCUUACCGAGGCUGAGGAAGCGCUCACCGUACUCAAGGCCAAGCUUGCGUCAGCAAAUGCGGCGCGCGGCCGUCGUGGCGCUGGCGCCGCUCAGGUACCAACGGUCGAUGCUAUUAUUCGUACCAUCAACAAGAUGACCAGCAUGGCAGAGAAGAGAUCGGGCGAUAUUGAUGUGCUCGAGAGCCAGAUGCGCAAGCUGAGGAUCGGGUCUCUGGGGCCAGCUGGUACUCCGAAUGGGAAUGGCGUUGGCGCGGGCACAGUUGUCCCCGCUACCCCUGGUGGCGGUGGUCGUAGUCGCGAAAGCUCGCCGUUUGUCACACCCCAAUCGUCGCGGCGGGCAAUGUUCAUGUCGCCCGGGUCUGUGGGCACGGCGACGCCACGUGGUCUACUUGCUGCCACUGGGACACCGUCGCCGACGAAGAAAAAACUGAGCAUGUACACCGCGGAGGAGAAGAGGGAGCUGAGGGCACGCGAGGCGAAGAGGAAGGCGACAUUGAGAAUGCUAAGAGAGAGCCUUGCUAGAGUGGGUCCGAAUGUUGUGCGAUUGCGGGAUGAUGAUUAG